CUUAACACCAUCACCCCUGUAUAUCAUCACAGCCGUUGCAAUGCCAGCAUCUCGCAGAGGAAGUGGUAGCGUCACCUUGCCCACCGGGCAGGUACUGGCGAUCCAUACCAGAACUCAGGAUGAGGAGGAUCUCCCUCAUGCGACCAAGAAGACUAUGGCAGAUCACCUUCGCAAAUAUGAGAGCUUGUUCACUCUCACCCCGCAGAGGAUGCGGAUGAUUGUUGAGGCAUUCAAGGAUACUUUGGAAAUCGGCCUGGAGAAACCGGGUCAGACCGUCCCCAUGAUCCCAACCUUUGUCUUCGGCUGGCCCACCGGCACGGAAACCGGAGAUUACCUUGCUCUUGACCUCGGCGGAACGAAUCUCCGUGUCUGUCUUGUCACUCUCCAGGGCGAGGGAAAAUUCGAGAUUACGCAGUCAAAAUACCGUCUUACCGAGGAGCAGAAACAGGAAGACGGACAAAAGCUUUUCGAUUUUUGCGCGGAAUGCCUGAAGACGUUUGUCACGACCAACUUGGAUGAGGGGACCAUCAAAGAGGGAGAGCGCUUGCCUCUUGGAUUUACGUUCUCGUAUCCGUGCACCCAGGAACGCAUCGACCAAGGUGUUCUUAUUCGUUGGACCAAAGGCUUUGGAGCCGCCGAUACGGAAGGCCACGAUGUCGCAGAGAUGUUUAAGAGAAGUCUAGAGAAGCAUGACGUACCUGUAGAGUUGACCGCUCUCAUCAACGAUACGACUGGCACGCUCAUUGCCUCACACUACGUCAACCCACGCACGAAGAUCGCCGUGAUCUUCGGAACUGGGUGCAAUGCGGCCUAUAUGGAGCGUAUUGGUGGCAUCCCUAAAAUCAAGAAUUUAGGAUGCGACGACGAUGACGAAAUGGCCAUCAAUUGUGAAUGGGGCGCGUUCGAUUCGUUCGAACAUGAGCACCUGCCAAGGACAAAGUAUGAUUUGACGAUCGACGAGAGCUCAAACAAGCCGGGUGAGCAGGCUUUUGAGAAAUUGAUCUCAGGUCGUUACCUUGGCGAGAUUCUGCGUCUCGUCAUCUGCGAGCUCAUCGAUGACGGCGUUCUUUUCCUUGGCCAAAACACAUACAAAAUUGAGAUAGCCUAUGCCUUGGACACUGCGUUCCUCUCGCUAAUGGAAAGUGACCCGACAGAGGAGCUUCUCAUGAUCAUAGGGAUAUUCUCCCAUUUCUUCGCCCUCGAGACGACGCUUGCUGAGCGCCAGUUCUUCCGUGCUUUGGCAAAGCUGGUCGGGCGCCGUGCCGCACGGCUAAGCGCGUGUGGUAUCGCAGCUAUCGUGAGCAAAAUGGGAUACCUGGAGGAAGGCUGCUCAGUCGGUGCCGAUGGCUCGUUGUACAACAAAUACCCUGGCUUCGCGGAUCGGGUCCACGAGGGGUUGCAGGAUAUCUUUGGGGACAAAGGACGGAACAUCAUCACGCACCACGCUGAGGAUGGCAGCGGUGUAGGAAGUGCCAUCAUUGCAGCAAUGACAAAGAUCAGAAAAGACAAGGGACAGUAUCUGCAUGUCUAGUUGUGUUUGUUUCCCGCUCCGAAGCCCUGUAGCUGUGUUAAGGCCCCUAGAACGCCUCGAUAGCCCAAAUCGUCUGUUUUCUUUUUAUCACCUCUGUGUUUUAUGAUGGUAGUUGUAGUAUGUAGGCCGCGAUGUUUAGCAAGGAAGAAUUGUGAAUUGUAGAAGGAUUCCACCAUUCGAUU